CGGUGGCAGCAGGGAUGGCGGCGGCGGUGGCCGGACCGCGGGAGCAUGGGGACCUGGGGGAGCCCGGCAAGCCGGGCCGCCUGGCCCUGUACUUCUGCGGGAGCAUCCGCGGCGGACGCGAGGACCGGGCGAUGUACGAACGGAUCGUGUCGCGGCUGCGGCGCUUCGGAGCAGUGCUCACCGAGCACGUGGCAGCUGCCGACCUGGGCGCGCGCGGGGAGGAAGCUGCUGGGGGUGACAGGCUCAUCCACGAGCGGGACAUGGCCUGGCUGCAGCAGGCUGACGUGGUUGUAGCAGAAGUGACACAGCCGUCCUUGGGUGUUGGCUAUGAGCUGGGCCGGGCUAUGGCCCUCAACAAGCGAAUCCUGUGCCUCUUCCGCCCACAGUCUGGCCGAGUGCUUUCAGCCAUGAUCCGGGGAGCAGCUGACGGCUCACGGUUCCAGGUGUGGGACUACGAAGAGGCAGAGGUGGAGGCCAUGCUGGAUCGAUACUUUGAGGCUGAACCUCUCCAGCAUGUGGCUGCCUCUCAUGACUUAACUGCUUGAAUUAAUCCCACUUUAUUUAAUUCUUCUGGUCCCCGACACUGCUCUUAAUACCAUUCCUGCUCUUAGCCCCAGUACCAAAUUAAAAGAUAUGUUUAAAAUUCUAACUUUAC